AUGACUAGGGAUACUAUUCUCUGCGGUGAUUUCAAUGCUCGGUUGGGUCCUCUGACUGGUGAUGCUAUCUCCAAUGCUCGUGGUAAUGCUCUCAAACCUUGGUUUGAUGAACACUGCUUGUCUGUACUCAAUGCGUCUUUGGCUUUUGGCGUUACGACGUACUCUUCUCUUCGGCAGCAGCAAGAAUUGAGUAGUAUCAUUGAUUUGUUUUUGACAAAUAUUGGUGAUGUUGCUUUGGUGAAUCCUCAACUGGUGGUUGAGUCUGAUCUGUCUCUUGGUUCUGACCAUCGAUUGAUGUCACUUACUUUCGGGUAUGUGCCACCUCUUGAUGACACUGUGGCUCCUGAUAAGUCUUUGGGCUUACUCCGUGAAUCCUUUCGAUCUUCUGUUGCUCCUCUGGUUGGUACUCUUUCUGGUUUGGUGUCUGCUCCUCCUGGUGUUCGUCCGGAUAUUGAUGCACUCAACGAUUCUCUGAAUCAAUGUUUGUAUGAAUCUCUGGAUAGUUCUAUUGGUGUAAAAUCUGGUCGUCCUGGCCAUUGGAAGAAGUACUGGACACAAGAAAUUCAGGAUGCUGCUACUGCACGCGAUCGCUCAUAUAGUCAAUGGAGGCAUGCCUUUGGUAUUGCCAAAAUUGAAAAAUGGUUCUUAUACAAAGUUGCUCAUCGCAAGUUUCGUUCCUUGGUACAAGCUGCAAAGCGAAGGUCCUGGCAACAAUUUUGUACUGCCCUGGAGUGUGAUUUCUCAAAAGCUACUGCUGCUAUUAAGCGCAUCAAGCGUAAUAAAGAAUCCUCUCCUACGUACAGCCACCCUGAUGGUCCUGCUGCUUCUGUCUCUGCUAUGGGUUCUCAUCUCGCCUCGGUGUAUGAUGGCUCUCUGCUUGCCACUGCUACUCGUCCUGCUGCUCCUCCCACCUUUGACUCUGUUCUGCCUUUCUGUGUGCCUGUGGACAUGUCACUGUUUGAUGUUGAUACUUUAGUAUCUCAUAUUCGACGGCUCCCAACACAUAAAGCUCCUGGUCCAGAUCAUAUCAAGGCUGAGAUGCUCAAGUCCUUGGUCUCUGAGAUUGCUCCUGUCUUGUCGUUGCUCUUCAAGUUGUGCUAUCAACGGUCGUAUACUCCUGCUCUCUGGCGCCAAGCCCAAGUUUUCCCCAUUUUUAAGAAAGGCGAUGCUUCUGAUCCCGCCAACUAUAGGCCUAUUUCUCUGACUUCUGUUGUGCGCAAACUGUUUGAGUUCUCUCUCAUGCCUGAACUGGAUGCCCAUUCUCCUGCUCUCGACAUUGCCCAAGGUGGUUUCCGCCCUCAACGUAGUCCUCUGGAUCAAGCCCUCUGCUUGCAUGACUUGAUGCAUGAUUACUUUGUUGCGCACCGUCGUCGUCCUUGUGGAAUUUGA